UUCGAGAAGAAUUCUGACGGGUCUUGUGUUUACAAGAAGGUCAGUGGGAGUGUGAUAGCAUUCCUAAUGUUAUAUGUCGAUGACAUAUUGAUAAUGGGUAACGAUGUUCCUGCUCUCACAUCUGUAAAGACUUGGUUGAGCGAGAACUUCGCCAUGAAGGACUUAGGGAAUGCUAGUUAUGCCCUUGGCAUAAAAAUCUACCGUGAUAGGUCAAGAAAGUUGAUAGGUCUAUGUCAAAGUACAUAUAUAGAUAAGGUCCUUGAUCGAUUUAGCAUGUCUAACUCGAAAAAGGGAUCCUUACCUAUGUUACCUGGCACGGCUCUUUCCAAGAGCCAGAGUCCUUCUAGUCCCGAGCAGAAGGAACUCAUGAUGAAGAGCUGAAAGUGAUCGGUUACACUGAUGCGAGCUUCCAAACCGAUCGAGACGAUUACAAGUCACAAGCAGGGUAUGUGUUUUGCCUGAAUGGCGGAGCUUUUAGCUAGAAGAGUUCUAAACAGGACACAACCGCCGAUUCAACUACAGAGGCUGAGUACAUGGCUGCCGCUGAAGCAGCAAAGGAAGGUGUUUGGAUAAAGAAGUUCAUUUCUGAACUUGGAGUGGUUCUUAGCAUUGAUGACCCAAUCCCGUUGUUCUGCGACAACACUGGGGCCAUUGCACAGGCAAAGGAACCACGAUCUCACCAAAAGACCAAGCACAUUGUACGACGUUAUCACAUCAUACGAGAAAUCGUAGACAGAGGUGAUGUAGAGAUUUGCAAAGUAGGAACAGACGACAACAUUGCCGACCCCCUGACCAAGCCAUUGGGAAAGCUAAAGCAUGAGGGUCCCACUAGGUCAAUGGGCAUUCGAACGAUGCCAGAUUGGCCAUAGUGCAAGUGGGAGAUUGUUGGAGUUGGUGCCCUUAUGGCCAACUGCUGUUGUAAUAUCUUAGAUAUUUUCUAUCAUGUAAAGGCAGAUGCAUUA